UGCAACACGUUUUUAAUAUUUCCAGUGCUUUACUUAACUGAGUCAUUGUUGGUUUAGACAUCAACGGUUAAACACUGUCGAAACUAUACACAAAACGCCAUAAGAUUUUUGUAUUAGCACUUCUUUAACUCUGUUUCAAUUCAAAGUAAAACUACUUCAAGCACAUUUACACUUACAAUUAUGAACGCCAUAAUGGAGGAGACCAUGGAGGGGGAUUGUGAGGGGAAUAAUUCACUGAGUGAAUAUAGUGACUCGUUGAUGGAGGAUAAUUUGGGAGGUUCUGGCGUUCAUCCGGCGUUGCUAAAUCCAGUGAUUCUGGACAUAAUUUUCGGAUUCCGAACCAUAUCCGGACUCAAGAGGUGUCGCAGAGUUUGCCGAACAUGGGAAAAAGUUGCCACCCCGAUACUUGCCAAGAGGACGUAUUUCUCUGUAAACAAUUAUUGCAUUGAGUCCAAAUCGACUGAAAAACCAAUCUUACUUCGUCGCAUUACUUGCGAAAGUGAUAACUUUGGCAGCGAGACGAAUGAGCAUGACUUUUUUGCAUUUGCUAAUCAACGAGGAGAAAGUGUUCAUGAACUUAAGUUGUAUGCAAACUCUGACUUUUUAUCCAGCUUCACAGGCUCGCUCUCCACUCGAAAUAGAUUUCCAAACUUGAAAAAAAUUGUGAUAUGUGAAAGAGACUUUGAGUUUGAUGAAAGCGUGGACUUUUCUACUCCUCGGUUUGAUCCUUUAUUGUCAAACGAGCUUGCAAAUAUGUCAAACAUUCGGUGCAUAGAAACCCAUGUGGAAGAAAUGAGCAGAUCGAGAGAUGUUUAUCACGCAAAUGUGCAAAAGUUGAUAAGAAUGUCGCCAAACUUGGAAGUGUUGAAGAUUACUGAUCAUUUUUACCCUGACUUGACAACCUGUGGCAAACUAAAGACAUUGGAAUGGACUGGAAAUCCAAUAUCACUGAAGGAUGACAUUUUUGGAAAUGAUGACCUUGUUGAAGUGGGGAUUGAGGACAACUUUAGCUUGGCGAAAUUUUUCAAAAUGACGGAACAGGUGAAAAAUUCUCUCCAAAAAUUGGUAAUUUCAUCGUCCACGGACUUGUUCAUCUCAAUGGAGCUCCCCACAAUUGAGGUCGAGGAUCAUUCCUUCAGUUUUCCCUAUUUCCCCAACCUUACAGAAUUUUGUUUCGACUCUGUAAAUUUGUACGAAAUCAAAUUUGAGCAUGCAACGCAGAAACAGCUACCGUCCUUACGAAAACUAAGGCUGUGUGAAAACGACCAUGGGAUGCGAAAAUUCUUGGACGGCACAAUUUUCAAUAUCUCGACCUGCUGGCGAAGUGUGGAAAGCCUUUCACUGGGUCAACUUUUCUACGACGAGUCAGACUAUUCAGCACAAUUGUUUCCCAAGAUUGGCCAAAUAUUUCCAAACCUGAUUCACUUGGACGUGACCAUCUGCAAUGGGAGUGGCGCAGGAACGCAGCUACUCGACUCUUGCCUCGUCUCUUUAUCGAAAUGUUUCAAGAAGCUGGAAAAUUUGACAAUUCGAUUGGACUGGCAAAUCACUUUACCAGAAUUAAUUUAUGUUACGUCUCUCCCAUUCUCCGGGCUAAAAACUCUCAAACUUGUCAACUGUAAUUUUAAUCAGGCUUCUGUGAAGGAUGAGGGGUAUGGAAAAUUGUGCAACGGAUUAUCGCCCGUCAUACCCAAUAUUACUUUGCAGGGAUUCGUAUAUGAGUUUAGUGGAAGCAGUCUUCCCAAGAUGCACAAAUGGAUUGAGGAGCACAAAGGAAAUAUUAUUUUUCUGCAUUAAGUAACGACUUUGUAAUGAUAUUUCAUAAAUGUACCAUUUUUGUACUAAAACGAUAUCCAUAACGUAAAGAAUCUGCAUACAUAUUUUUUAAUAUAUAAUUUUAUAAUUUUAUAAAUAAUUUUAAUACAUAAAUACUGUAAGAUUCCCUAACCGUUGGUGUUAAUAGCACUAUGAAUGUGUAAAUAAAUUGUACUGGAGGUUAAAUAAUGCGUCGUAAAUAUAUGUAUACCUACAAUUAGUAUUAUAUAGUUAUGUCCAUAUAUGUACAUUUACAUUUUUAAUCAAACUGGAUACAUUAGGCAAACCUUCAAAUUACAUAGAUUUUGUAGA